UUAUCAUAUCGUCUUUGCCAGCUAGCUAUCUAAUGAGUGCAAACAAAAGACAAAACCAUUCCUUCGAAAUUGUUCAGUCCCUCAUGUUCGGAUUCUGCUGAGAUGUCAGUUGCCUAGUGAAUGUGACAGUCAUUGUAGCUAGUGCUCUAGGGUUUCCAUUCACUUUCAAGCUGACAGCGGAUUUUUUGUGGCAAGUGUGCGUGUAAAACCGGUCUGCCAGCAAAAGUUUACAAUUUUAUAAUAUAAGUGAAUGUAAAAUAUUUUGUGAGUCACUACAAAAAGUGACAGAUUUGAGUUUAUUGAAACCAUUGCUGAUCAUUCUGAACGAUGGAAGAAGGAAAUCCGCGCCUUAAGAUGACAGAGUUCUGGCAGGAACACUCUCAGCAGGCGACUGUGCAGGAGAUGAUGCUGGACUCCAGCGCGGAGCUGCUCACCCUGCAAGAGCUGCCCGAGAUCCUGGCCAUGCUCCCCAGUCUGGAGGGAACCACGGUGCUGGAGCUGGGAGCUGGCAUCGGGCGGUAUACUCAGCAUCUCCUGAAGCAAGCUCACCAUGUCACAGCUGUGGACUUCAUGGAGAAGUUUGUGGAAAAGAACAAGCAGGACAACGGUCACCAUAACAAUGUAGACUUCAUCCAGUCAGAUGUCACUCAUUUGAAUUUCUCCAAGAACAGGUUUGACCUGAUCUUCUCUAACUGGCUGAUGAUGUACUUGAGUGACGAGGAGCUGCUUUCUCUGACCAAGAGCAUGCUGGUCUGGCUGCAGCCGGGAGGCUACCUCUUCUUCAGGGAGUCCUGCUUUCACCAGUCAGGAGACUGCAAGAGGGAUUUCAAUCCCACUCGUUACCGCACGCCUGCCCAGUACAACCACCUGAUGACGUCGGCGGUUAUUGUGGAGGAGACAGAGGGAGCAGGCAAGCAGGCCUUUGGCUUUGACAUAGUCAUGUCUAAGGCAGUACAGACCUAUGUCAAGAUGAAGAACAAUCAGAAUCAAGUCUGCUGGCUGAUGCAGAAGGUUCCACGCAACAGCGGCGCCAACCAGGGCUUCAACACUUUCCAGGAAUUCUUGGACAAGCAGCAGUACUCGCGCCGAGGCAUCCUACGCUAUGAAAAGAUCUUUGGCCCUGGGUAUGUGAGCACGGGGGGGCCCAGCACCACCAAGGAGUUUGUAGACCUUCUGAAUCUCUCCCCUGGUCAAAAAGUGCUGGAUGUGGGAUGUGGAAUUGGGGGUGGAGACUUCUACAUGGCGAGGACAUUUGGUGUGGAAGUCCAUGGCAUGGAUUUGUCAUCAAAUAUGGUGGAGAUUGCGAUGGAGAGAGCUGUGAAAGAGAACCUGCCAUUGGUUCAGUUUGAAGUGGCAGACGCCACCAAGAGAGUCUUUGCGGAAGGGUCCUUUGAUGUGGUAUAUAGCAGGGACACCAUCUUGCACAUUGCUGAUAAGCUGGAGCUCUUCAAGCACUUCUACUCAUGGCUAAAGCCUGGAGGAAAAGUCCUGAUCAGCGACUACUGCUGUGGGGAACGUCCUUGGUCACCAGAAUUCCAGGAGUACGUCAAACAAAGGGGCUACAUCCUCUUCACCCCACAACAGUAUGGCAAGUGCCUGGAGCAGGCAGGGUUCACACGCGUGCGGGCCGAGGACAGAACCUCUCAGUUUACCCACGUGAUCAAGACAGAACUGCAAAGAGCAGAGGCCAUGAGAGAAGCUUUCAUAGAGGAGUUCUCUGAAGAAGACUACAGUGCCAUUAUAAAUGGGUGGAGAGAGAAACUGCAACGGUGUGAGAAAGGAGACCAGCGCUGGGGGCUCUUCUAUGCUGAGCGAGACUGAGAGAAAGAGACUGAGAGCUUUGAUAAAACGUUCAACAAGCAACCUGUACACUGGACUGUUGAAUCUGCAGAGGCAAUAACCUCACCUGGAGAAUGGCUGUGUACCUGAACGGGGACGGUUUGCACAGUUAGUUGUGGAGCAUAUAAAAGUUCUAGUAAAUCUGAUCGCAGGCAUGACUUAAAAGUUGAUCGUUGAUUCUGAAGUCGAUUCAGUGGGCCAAUUUCUUGUGAAUUACGAGAGCACAAAUACUCUUACAGCUGUUUUUUUAUUACAGCUCUGUUAAGAGUUUGAGCAAUUUUCAUGCUGUAGGACCUGAGACUGGAAAAUGUUUAGCAAUGAUAAGGAUGUUAAACACUGUACUGUAACAUGUACAUGUAAAUAGACAAACAAAUGAAAAAUACAUACAUACUUGCAAAUAAAGUUUUACCUCCA